AAGAAGACUUGUCACAUGCAGAUGUACAGAGUGAUACAGUACAGGAGGGUUGCCAUGUGGCAAAGCCUACCUUCAUCUGCUGGAAGUGCGGUUACAGAGAUGCACACAAGGAUAACAUGGAUAAACAUGUCAGUGAGAAACAUGCCAGCGAGAGUCUACACUACAUGUGUUGGCAAUGUGGGUUCAGAACGGACGACAAGUCUGGCCUUUCCCAGCACAUGGAGACACAUGCAAAACCCUACAGAUGCGACCAGUGUGGCUAUUCUGUUGCAAACAAGACUGAUCUGGACAUUCAUCUGGCAAAACACGCGGGUGAGAAGCCCUACAUGUGUGGGGAGUGUGGGUACAGGGCGAAUCAGAAGUCUCGCUUAUCCCGACAUAUGAAAAUCCAUACAGGAGAAAAACCCUACAAGUGUGACCAGUGUAACUAUUCAACAGCACGAAAAGGCACUUUGGACCAUCAUCGCACAAGACACGCUGGUGAGAAACCCUACAUGUGUGGGGAGUGUGGGUACAGGACAACUCAAAAGUCUCACCUAUCCCAACACAUGAGAACACACACAGGGCAAAAGCCCUACAAGUGUGACCAGUGUGACUAUUCUGCUGCACAGAAAUCUUCCUUGAACAAACAUAUAGCAAACAACAGCUGUGAGAAGCUCUACAUGUGCGGGGAGUGUGGGUACAGGACGGUUCGAAAGGCUGUCUUAACCCGACACAUGAAAGUCCAUGCAGUAGACAAAUCUUGUAAAUGUGGCCAGUGUGACGAUUCUGCGAUACAGGAAAGAAAACACACUGAUGAGAAACCCUACAUGUGUGGGGAGUGUGGUUUCAAGGCAGCUUGGAAGUCUACCUUAUCCCGACACAUGAGAACCCAUACAGGGGAAAAACCCUACAAGUGUGACCUGUGUGACUAUUCUGCUACACAUAAAUCCAGUUUGGACAGACAUCAAAGGAAACACACCGGUGAGAAACCCUACAUGUGUGGGAAGUGCGGGUACCAAACGGCUAAGAGCUCCGACUUAUCCCGACACAUGAGAGUCCACACAGGAGAGAAACCCUACAGGUGUGACCUGUGUGACGUAUUACUGAAAUCUAAUCUAGACCGACACAUGGCAACCCACACAGGUGAGAAACCCUAUGGUUGCGAGCAGUGUGAGUACAGAACAGCUCACAAGUCUGCCUUAGCCCGACACAUCAAGACCCACACAGGAGAGAAACCCUACAAGUGUGACCAGUGUGACUAUUCUGCUGCACUGAAAUUCACUUUGGACAAACAUGUAGCAACACACAGUGGUGAUAAACCCUUUGUUUGUCCGGAGUGUGGAUACAAGGCAACGCAAAGCGGUACUUUACUCCAACAUAUGAGAACCCACACAGGAGAAAAACCCUACAAGUGUGGCCAGUGUGACUAUUCUGCAACACAGAAAACCAAUUUGGAUAAGCAUAUGAGGAAACAUACACACAGCAGUGUGAAUGCAGAACUGAAACAGAAUUCAGAACUGAAACACUUCAAUGAUAACUAGUUUAUUGCAGGUUUUUGCCCAAUGGCUAAUUGCAGAUAAUAUGAAAAGGAGCAGACAAAUUGUGUAGAACAAUAUCGCAUGUAUCUACUCUAGUCUGAAAGCUACUGUAACUUCUUUUCCUGAGACU